AUGCUUGCCUCCAGCCGAGGAACGGCCUCGAGGCAGGUGUUUGCCGCCUCGCCAGCUACGACGAUACCGGCGUUUCUCGCGCCAUUCCUGCAGCAGCAAAAUCUCCUGCUGUCCCGACGACGGUUCUCCUCGACGCCGACACGGCAUUCGAAGCUCGGCCGAACGCCUCUAUCAAUUCCGCCUGGCGUGGAGCUGGCCAUAAGUGAGCCCAAGCUGAAGAAGGAUCUGACGAGCUAUCUCAAGGUGUACAAGAGGACCGUCACUGUUACGGGACCCCUGGGCAAAUUGGAUCUUGAGGUCCCGUCUUUUUUGAAUAUCGACCACGAUGUCGAGGGCAAGCGGGCGCUUCUCAGCGUCGAGGACUCGAAUGUCAAGGAGCAGAGCGAGAUGUGGGGCACGACAUGGGCCUACCUCCAGCGCUACAUCAUGGGCGUCUCGGAAGGUCAUACGGCGCUUCUCCGUCUCGUAGGCAUCGGAUACCGCGCGACCGUCGAGCAGCGAGGCGGCAAGGAAGAGUUUCCAGGCCAGAAAUUUCUCUGCCUGAAGCUUGGCUUCACGCACCCGGUCGAGCUGGGCAUCCCGCGUGGCGUCAAGGCGACGGCAGCGAGCCCGACGCGUAUCCUCCUUGAGGGCAUCGACCGGGAGGAGAUCAUGAGCUUUGCUGGCCGCGUGCGCAAGUGGCGGCCGCCGGAACCGUAUAAGGGCAAGGGUGUCUUCAUCAACGACCAGACCAUCAAGUUGAAGCAGAAGAAGAUCAAAUAG